GGGGCAGGGCAGGGCAGUUCUCACAGCUGCGGAACGGUUUCCAAAUGAAGGGACCUUUCGGAGCGCCAGAACUCAGCCGGCAGGGCGAGGCUGUGCCUGCAGCCCGGUGGCACCUGCCGGCCCCCGCCCGCCAGCCCGGGGGGCUGCGUGGCGCCGCUCAGCUCCCUAGCACGGCGCCGAGGAGCAGCCUGUUGCUGCCCUCCGCCACACGGUGGUACCCGGAGCGCGGAGUUGCGCUGGCGAGCCCGCGGCCGGCAGAGCCCAGCGCAGCCCCAGCUGCGAGCCUGCAGCCCCCAGCCUGGCCCCGGGGCUGUUUGCUUCGGCAUACUUCCCAUGUUUGCCUUCACCAAGGAGCAGCCUGCAAAGCUGGAGAGGAAGUGACUGCAUCCUACAGCUGGUGAGGUUGGAUGCUGAGCACUUGACACCCUCCUGAUACUUCCUUGAAGUGGAUGCAAAGUGGAAAGAUGAGCUUCUGUUUCUCAUAGCAGUUGUGACCUUGGAGUCAGAGGCUUCCCAGGAGCUCAUGCCCAGCAUGGCUGAGGCUACUGAGAACUGCUCAGCACCUGAUCCUGCCUGACCUCCACAGGAAGGAUGCAGAGAGGACUGUCCUACCUCCACCCCCUCCACAUUCCCACCCCAGACCUGCCUGACACGGAGCAGAAGCCAAGGGAGCUGUGUCCUGCAGUCAGAUGGGGAAGAACGGGCAGGCUGCUCCAGAAGAAGGUGGAAAUCCUCCAGCCAAGGCCAAGGCAGACAUCGCCUGGGCGGAGAAGGACCUCGUGGAGCCGGCAGACAAGGGUGAAGGUGUUGUGAAAGAGAUCAACAUCACACACCACGUGAAGGAAGGCUCAGAGAAAGCAGAUCCCUCCCAGUUUGAGCUCCUGAAGGUGCUGGGCCAGGGCUCCUUCGGCAAGGUCUUCUUGGUGAGAAAGAUAACAGCACCAGACAGCAACCACCUCUAUGCCAUGAAAGUGCUCAAGAAGGCAACACUGAAAGUGCGUGACCGAGUGAGGACAAAGAUAGAAAGGGACAUCCUGGCCGAUGUCAACCAUCCCUUUGUGGUGAAGCUCCAUUAUGCAUUUCAGACGGAGGGGAAGCUGUACCUCAUCUUGGAUUUCCUCCGGGGAGGUGACCUCUUCACUCGCCUGUCCAAAGAGGUGAUGUUCACCGAGGAGGAUGUGAAGUUCUACCUAGCAGAGCUGGCUCUGGGGCUCGACCAUUUGCACAGCCUGGGCAUCAUCUACAGGGACCUCAAACCAGAGAACAUCCUCUUGGAUGAGGAAGGACACAUCAAGCUCACAGACUUUGGCUUGAGCAAGGAGGCCAUAGACCACGAGAAGAAAGCCUACUCCUUCUGUGGCACCGUGGAGUACAUGGCACCAGAGGUGGUGAACCGCCAGGGCCACUCCCACAGCGCUGACUGGUGGUCCUAUGGGGUGCUGAUGUUCGAGAUGCUGACUGGCUCGCUGCCCUUCCAGGGCAAGGACCGGAAGGAGACCAUGACCCUCAUCCUCAAGGCGAAGCUGGGCAUGCCGCAGUUCCUGAGCGCCGAGGCGCAGAGCCUGCUGCGAGCCCUCUUCAAACGGAACCCAGCCAACAGACUGGGUUCUGGAGCAGAUGGGGCAGAGGAGAUCAAACGCCAUGCUUUCUACUCCACCAUUGACUGGAACAAGCUGUACCGCAGGGAGAUCAAACCUCCCUUCAAGCCGGCGGUCGGGCAGCCAGACGACACCUUCUACUUCGACACCGAGUUCACCUCGCGCACGCCCAAAGACUCACCAGGGGUGCCCCCCAGCGCGGGGGCACAUCAGCUCUUCCGAGGCUUCAGCUUCGUGGCCACUGGACUGAUGGAGGACAGCAAGGGGAAGCCUGCCCAGGCCCCCCUGCACUCCGUGGUACAGCAGCUGCACGGCAAGAACCUGCAGUUCAGCGACGGCUACGUGGUGCAGGAGGCCAUCGGCGUCGGCUCCUACUCGGUGUGCAAGCGCUGCCUGCACAAGGCCACCAACAUGGAGUAUGCUGUCAAGGUCAUCGACAAGAGCAAGAGAGACCCUUCUGAGGAGAUCGAGAUCCUGCUGCGCUACGGGCAGCACCCCAACAUCAUCACCCUGAAGGACGUGUACGACGAUGGGAAGUUCGUCUACCUGGUGACGGAGCUGAUGCGGGGCGGGGAGCUGCUGGACAGGAUCCUCAGGCAGAAGUUCUUCUCGGAGCGGGAAGCCAGCUCGGUGCUGCACACCGUCUGCAAGACCGUGGAGUACCUGCACUCCCAGGGGGUGGUUCACAGGGACCUGAAGCCCAGCAACAUCCUCUACGUGGACGAGUCCGGGAACCCUGAGAGCAUUCGCAUCUGUGACUUCGGCUUUGCCAAGCAGCUGAGGGCUGAGAACGGCCUGCUCAUGACCCCCUGCUACACGGCCAACUUUGUGGCACCUGAGGUGCUGAAGCGCCAAGGCUACGACGAGGGCUGUGACAUCUGGAGCCUGGGGGUGCUCCUCUACACCAUGCUUGCAGGCUGCACUCCCUUUGCUAAUGGCCCCAGCGACACUCCAGAGGAGAUCCUGGCCCGGAUAGGUGGGGGCAGGUUCUCUGUCAGUGGAGGCAACUGGGACACCAUCUCCGACAUGGCCAAGGACCUGGUAUCAAAGAUGCUUCAUGUAGAUCCUCACCAGCGCCUAACAGCCAAGCAGGUCCUGCAGCACCCCUGGAUAACGCAGAAGGAAAGCCUGCCCCAGAGCCAGCUCAACCACCAGGACCUGCAGCUUGUGAAGGGGGCCAUGGCUGCCACCUACUCUGCACUGAACAGUUCCAAGCCCAGCCCCCAGCUGAAGCCCAUCGAGUCCUCCAUCCUGGCACAGAGGAGGGUGAAGAAGCUUCCUUCCACCACACUGUGACCCUGGGGUGCUCUGCAGCCACAUGGCGUGGGGCAAGCAGACCCCAGGCUACUGAGACAGGGCAGGAGAUGGGCGAGGAAAGCCUGCCCAGGAGCCCCCCUGAGGACUUGCUCUCCAAGGGCCAAGUGCCCUCUCCUGAGGCUGGACUGAGCUGUGAGAGAGCUUCACUGGAGGACUUUCUGGAAGUGUAAAUUGCUGAUUUUUGAAGACCCUCAUCUGUGUGUAUGAGACCAGAAGGUAACUGAUGUCAGGUGGCACUCAGCAGCAGCCCUGGUUCACCCCUGCCUGCCUAGGGCCAGGUGUCUGCUGUAGCUGCUUGGAGUUGAUCCUCUCCAAUGCCAUCGCAGCUGGAAGACUGCACAAGGUUUGGGGUUUAGGUUUGGGGUUUUUCCUCCCCAGAGUCUCCCCUGCAGGCUCCUAGCCAGCAGCUCUCCUGUUUGUCAAGGCCCUUCCCCUGCCUCCCCCUUUUGUGCCUGUGUGUUUGUAGCAUCAGCUCCACUUUUCAGACUGUUUUCCUGUCUCCCCCAGCCCAGCCAGUACUUCUCUGAACAACACCACCCACACCUUUUCCAACCCCCCCUUAGAUGCUCUACUUUGGCUCAUUGCUUCCCUCUGCCCUCCCACCCUGCUGCUCUCUCCGUGGCUCCCACGGAGUUUGUCACUGGCACAGGGGGGGAUGACAAAGAGCUGAGGCUUCAGGCUGGCUCUGGCUGCUGCUUUUACCACCCUGGGGGGGUCGUUUUCCUUCAGCAGGAAGCCACGGAACAAUCCAUCCCUUCUGGUUUCAGCUGACCUCUGCUCUCCAGCUGCUAACUCAGGGUUUCUUUGGGAGCUGUACAGCACAGAUGCCAUCAGCUGCCCUCACCUCACCGCCUCACUGCAGAGCUAAGCCACCCUGCUCCUUGCCCCCUCUUGGAAGGGGCUAAGGUUUCUCGCCUGCCUUUUGGGAGAUCUGCAAAGCCUUUUUCAUCUGGCCCUGUGAUGGAGAGGUCAGCAGCAGGGCUGCAGCCUGUGCCCCCUUCUCUCAGGUGCAAUAAUACCUCACUGCAGCAGGAAGGCAGCAGCAGUUAUGGAACAGGGCAGUGACCAGCAGCAGAGGUGGCAGGACGCAGGCUGUGGAGGGGAACCUCUCACUCUCAGGACAUUCUAGCACUAAUAGAAAGAACACCUGGAGGCAGACUGUGCUGGAAAGAACUUUCUGACCCGCUCCAGCCAGAGGGAGUUGCUGCAGCUGCCUGGGUCAGUGGUGGCUGUUCGUGGGGAGCAGCAGGAGAGCUGCAGGGACGGCACUCGGGCACUCGAGGAUGCAGUUGAAGGCAGCGAAGGUUCUUGUGUGAAUUUCUGCUACUUUGGGCUGGUCCUGUCAGGAGAGAGGAAAAUUUCUUCAUUGCUUUCCCCUUUUGCUCAGUGCUGGUUGACUGUAACAUGGGGGAUUCCAUUCUGAGCAGUGCAGCUCGCUCCUCUCCUCCCCUCGCCCUGGCAGGUUUUAAUCCCUGGAGCAGCCAGUGAGAGGCUGAAGCAGUCUCGAUGCUUUCCUGUGUUAAUUCCAAGCACUGCCCCAGUGCCCAGUGCUGCUGAGAGGAGCCCAGGACACACUGCACCUUCUCACUGCAGCUGAUUUGGUGGUUUGCUGAUAGCUGAGACACUCCAGCACGCAGAAUGCCUUUCUUGAGACGACUUCCACACCCUUUUGGCACAACUUUGCAGUGCUGCCACGAACCUGCCUUACGUCUCCUACAGCUGCAGGGAAGCUCUGGGGCCAGUGAGAAGCUUUGCAGAUGCCAGGUACCAGGAGCAGCUUCGUUCUGGAGCUGGGGCCCAUCCCUUUGGGUGCUGCUGGAAUUGAAGCAGACACCUCAACAGUUGUUCAGACUCCCUCCCUUCAAGAGUGGGGCCUAAAAGGGUGGAGGGGGUUGGAUGUGACCACCACUGUGAACCUCUCAACAGUCUGGACCAUCAGGAUGGGUCUUACACCAAAUGUUCACCUGCCUGGGUGGGGUCUGGCUCGUUUGGGUCACACUGUGCAAGGCUGCAAACGUCAGUUAGGAAAAACAUCACAACCUCUGCUCCAACCUCCCUGUAACGGUGCUGCUGUGAGGCCAACCAGAGUCACCUCAGAGACCUGCAGGACAAGCAGUUGUAGAGCCCUGAGCACAGGGACAGCAGCUCCUGGAGGCUGCAGGCUCUGCCUGGCUAUGAGCUGAUACCUGCAGUGUCAAACCUUGAUGCCUGCCAGCACCAACCCCUUCUGCCCCACUGGGCUCUGCAGCCACUCAGAGUCAGUGCUGCUGUAGGCUGUGGGACCUCCCUGGCUCUGGAGGAGUGAGCAAGAAGGGCUACACCUUGCUCCCUGGGGUGCUUCAACUGAGUUGUUGUGAGUGAUCCUUCCCUAAGUAACACAAGGUCUUGAUUUCUAGCUCCAAAUCGACCAAGUGCUGUUACUUUUUUAAUUCCAGUGCUCAAUAAACAUGGACUUGUUGAUCCUUC